CUCAGUAGCUGUUUCUGCCGAGCUUGCAGCCAUGGAGUUGUCUCCAGCCUUUGUGGCACCGGUGCUUGCGCGCAGCCCGGCACUACCCACUGGGGCGCAGAGAGCGUCUUCACCUGCCUCGGCCCAUGGCGCCAGCGCUGCCAGCGUGCUGGGUCUCCUCAGCGCCUCCCUGGGCGCGGCCGUGGCGCGGCGCGGGACGAGGCUGCGCCGGGGGCCCUACGGUGGCUAUGGCGGCGGCGGCUAUGGCCGUAGUAUGUCUGCCGAAGAACAAGCAGAGCGGACUGAAAUGAAGCGCCGGCGCGAAACCGCGCAGUUCUUUCAGUAUCAGCAGAGGUUACUGAACAUAGGCGCUCCGAAGAUGGAUGAUCGACACUGGGAGAUGCAAGAAAGGAGACUCUUCGGUGCGAACCAUGUGGUCGCGGGCAUCAAUUUUUCGAAGUACGACAAUAUCGAGGUGACCACCGAAGGCGGCACUGGCCGGGAAAUCCCCAUCAAGUCCUUUCAGGAAGCUUGUGAGAGAUACGAGUUGCCCCAGGAGCUGACCGACAACUUGGACAGGUGUGGCUACAACAUCCCAACGCCAGUGCAAAAGUACAGCAUCCCUGCGGUGCUGGAAGGCAGUGACGUCAUGGUGACUGCCCAGACAGGCAGUGGUAAGACUGCAGCGUUUUUGGUUCCUAUCAUCACUGCAGCACUUCAAGCGGGUCCAAAGGAAGUGAAGGAAGGAGCGGUUGCUCCCAGCUGCGUGGUUUUGGCUCCCACACGUGAGCUUUGCCAACAGAUCACCCAGGAGGCCAAGCGCCUCACCUUUCGUAGCCCUGCGCGUGUUCAAGCCAUUUACGGCGGUGAAGAUGCGGUGGGCCAGUUGCGAAACAUUGCCGCUGGAAUCGAAAUUGUGGUGUGCGCCCCGGGCCGCUUGGACGACUUCUUGUCGCGUGGCGUCAUUAGCAUGGAGGAAGUGAAGUUUUUGGUCUUGGAUGAGGCGGAUCGAAUGCUGGACAUGGGCUUUGAGCCUCAGAUUCGAAAUAUCAUUGAGACCUACAACAUGCCGGAGCCUGGUGAGGCCGAGCCGUUGGUGAGUUCCAAUCAGCCCUCAAGCCCUCAAGCCCUCAAGCCACAAAGUGAUCGUAGUACGGGCGGACGGCAGACCAUGAUGUUUUCAGCGACCUUCCCGCAGGAGAUGCAGGACAUGGCUUUGGAUUUCUUGGAUCCAGCGUACUAUGGCAUCUCAGUUGGCCAGGUGGGUCAUGCAGCAACUGACGUCGAACAAUUCUUCGAGCAGGUAUCUUGGAGUGGCAAGUUUGAUAAAUUGUGUGACGUUCUGAACGAGGUCUGUGAAGAUGAUGGAAACCCAAAGAAGACCAUCGUGUUUGCCAACACCAAGAACAUGGUGGACGAUAUCACUCAGCAGCUCCAAUCACGCGGGAUCCGAUCGGCUUCCAUGCAUGGAGGAACGGUGCAAACCCAGCGCAACCGUGCGCUCUCCGAUGUGAAGUCGGGUCGCAUCAGCGUGCUUGUGGCCACAGACGUGGCGGCGCGUGGCUUGGACGUGCCGGGCAUUGAGCACAUCGUGAACUUCGAUUUGCCCAACGAUGGUGAAACCUAUGUGCAUCGCAUUGGCAGGACAGGCCGUAUCGGCAACAAGGGCCGGGCUACAUCCUUUGUGGGCAACAAUGAAACAUCUCUGAAGAGCAUCGUGCGUGCAAUGCAGGAGGCGAAGAAAGAUGACCCGGAAGCAUCCGAUGUCCCAGAUUGGUUGGAGGACGGGAUUUGGCAAUGUCUCGACCCGGGGUUCGUGGACGUGGGCGCAGAUGAAACGCUGCGUUCGGAUGCGGUGAAAUCGCGCAAUGCGGGCGGUGUCGCGGUGGUGUCGUUUGAUGCCCCGGCAGACACCGGUGGUGCCAGCCGUGCCUUCCACGGUGCACCGUCCCCAUCCAGGGCCUCCUUUUUGACGGUCGGAAAUGGCCGGACAGACAGCGCCGAGGGCCGGAAGGUUGAUGGAGAACAUCUUUACUUCACCAAACAUACUGUUGGCUUUGCUGCGGGUGCCACUGGCAUGGGUGCUGCUAUGGCAGUGGUAGGUUUGGUGAGCCGGCGGGAUGUCGCAAGCGCGUCGCAGGUGCAAGCAAAAAAAGAGCAGAGCUGGCUUCAGCACUCCGCACCAGUGCUGCUAAUCCUGACGCUGGUCUUGCAGAAGUGUUCCGCCGAUGCCUUAACCUGGUUCACGCGCGCCAAGUACCACAUGGCCUACUCAGGGAGUAAUGUGACCCUGGUCAGUGAAGUUCUAAAGUUUCCCAUCCUCAUGGUAGCCGUUGUGAUCUUCAAUUCUCGUCAGGACCUAUGGCCGACCAUUCGAGCAGCGUUGACGGAGUCCCCGUUCGCGAUGUGGUGGGUUGGACUGCUGUAUGCCGUGCAAAAUCUCCUGUACUUUGCGUGUUUGCAGUACACUUCUGCGGCCGCCUAUCAAGUGAUGAGUCAAACCAAGAUGAUCUUCACAGCUGCUUUCAUGUGGCAGAUGUUGGGCAAGAAGUUCUCGCAAAAUCAGAUCCUUGCCCUGGCGAUGUUGAUCCUAGGGACCGUCUUCACUCAACUCGCUGAAAUCCAGGGACCGAUGACAGUGAGAUCUAGACCAUGGUUCGGGGCUUCCCUGGCGGUACUCAGUGCACUUCUGAGCGCUUUGCCCAAUGUCUUCUAUGAGCGACUGUUGAAGGCGCAGAAAAACCAGUGGGUGUCAAAUCUCCAGCUGACAACUUGGAUUUGCACCUGGGUUGCCAUCAUCAAAGGGUGUGAGUAUUGCAUAAGCGGCGUGCAUCCUGUGGGCAACCUUUCUGAGUUGUUCCAAGGGUUUACUCCGCUGGUUUGGGCCAUUGUUGCACUGAAGACGCUCAACUGCAUCAUCAUCCCAGCGUGCCUGAAGUACGCGGACAACAUCCUCUACGGCUAUGCCAAGCCUCUCUCCAUCGUUUUGACGACGGUGGUGACUGCCACGAUCAGCUGGCAGGUGCCAUCCCCAGUGAUGCUGACAGGCAUCAGCCUGGUAGCGACCUCCAUCGUGACCUACAGCCGCCCUAUAGCAGAAAUGGGGCAAUGGACGCAAGAGGCAGUGCUUCAGUUCCGCAAUGCUCGUAGGAAUUUGGAGAAUGAUCGCCUCAAUGCAGCCUUGGAUGAGGCAACGCAAGCCUAUGCCGCUUUCCAGCUUUCGGGCGACCUUGAAGGAAUGGCCGAAUGCGUGCGCAUCGUGUCUCAUGCGCUGUCACGUCAAGGCUUGCGAAAGCAAGCUGUGCAGAUGGCAACAGAAGAACUGGAGAACUUCCGGGCGAAGAAUCAGAAACGCGCUGAGGCCAUGAUGCUGUUGUCCUUGGCCGAGAUCAAACUGAAUCAUGCAGAGAAAGAUGCACGGGAGGAGGCGUGUCAUUUGGCCAACCAGGCCAAGCUCGUCUUCAGCAAUCUCAAGGAUCGCAAAAUGGAAGGCGAGAGCUGCCUUGCUCACGGCAAUGCUCUCUUGAAAUCGGGAGCAGCUGGAAGCAACGAGCAAGCGAUAGAGGUCUUUCAACAGGCGCGUGAGAUCUUCAGAAGCCUCCAGAGCCUGGCACUGGAAGGUCGGGCUCUACAUGGCCGGGCAUGUUGCAGCGCAGCAGGUGGUUCCUUUGCUGGAGCUGUGAACGAAGCCAAUGAGGCCUUGAGCUGCUUCGAGCAGUGCAGGAACGAGACCUUGCAGCUGGCCGUGUUGGAAGCCAUUAGUGGUUGGCAUCUCGAGUCCGGGGAGCUUCUCUUGGCACGAAACUUUGCGGAGCAGAGCUUGGCUCUGGGGCAGCAGAUUUCCUGCAGCCCCGCACGCGAAGCGUCUUGCCUGCGCACAUUGGUCCGGGUCUAUAUCCAGCAGGGCACCUCCUCCUCGGUGCUUGGGAACUGCCUUGAUGCGGUGGAGCGCUUUCGGUCCAUGAAUGCACGGGAGGCUGAGCCUGGAGUCUAA